CACAAACCUGUAAAUGUUGGCCCCGAAUGUGUGGAACGUCGUGUUGUCUACGAGACGAGUGUGUGGUCGGACACUUGCGACGAACGGUCGGGUUGCCGUGAUGCGCAAGACCCUUCGUCGGACCCGCGGGUAUUGGCAUGGCCCCGGCGGCGACGGCGGCGGGCCUACCCGAGUCGAUUGUCGUUCCUUGUCCACGAAUGUCAUUCCCACCAAUACUCCGUUACACGACGGUCUUUUUGCCAUUCCGGAACUCCAAACACCGUCCGAUUUUCUGCAGUGUGCCGUCCAAGCCAUGCACCAGUGCGAUCAAUUGCGCGAUGCACUCGGUGACCGCCACGACGACCACGCCAAUAGCAUCACGUCGUCGUCGUCGUUGACCAAAUCGUGUGCGGUGGAUCGUUUGUACCAACUCGACGAAAUUAGUCGCGUCGUUUGCAACGUAAUUGACGCGGCAGAAUUGUGUCGUAGUACCCACGCUUCGGAAGAAUGGCGUGACGCCGCCCACCGGGCCUUUGUCCUACUCAGCGACUACAUUGCUCAACUCAAUACCGAUCCACGUCUUUAUCGGGCACUCACGACCAUAUUCGGGACGUCGUCGUCCUCCACCACCACCACAUCGAACUCCUCCACUGCCCACCGCUUCGCGCUUUUGUUGCGCGCCGAGUUCGAACGCGACGGCAUACACUUGCCGGAACACGAACGAGCGCACGUACGGAAUCUCCAAGCGUCUCUCACCGCAUUGGAAACCUCCUUUAGUCGCAAUCUCGUUACGUCUCACAAAACCUUUGCCGCACACGCCCAGGACGUGGCUGACGUACUGCCUCCGCACGUACUCCAAGCCUACCACAUUGUCGUCCCACCUGUCACACACGAAUCAUCCACUGUCCAACUCGGUACUUCCGAACCGCAAAUAUUGCAAACACUCUUGCGCUACUCAAACUCGCCGUCGUUGCGGCGACAAGUGUAUCUGGAAAGUCACACGGCCGUCCCGGAAAACUUGGAAAUACUGGACGGCUUGGUACGGGUACGCUACGAAUUGGCCCAAGCGCUGGGCUUUGACUCGUACGCCGAUCGCUUUCUGCGCGACAAAAUGGCGGCCCACCCGAGCAACGUGGCCAGCUUUUUGCAAACGCUGCAACGCAGCAACUCUCCCUUGUACCGACAAGAAAUGACCAUGCUGUCACAAGCCAAGCAACAAGUGGAAGGCAAUGACGUGGUCGAGCCGUGGGAUGUACCCUUCUAUAUUGGCCUUUUGAAAACACGGGACGGCUUUGAUGUGCACGACGUGUCGGAGUAUUUGACGCUGCCGCAGUGCCUCGAUGGCAUGAAAACGCUCGUCGAUAAGUUGUUCGGAAUCAAUAUGCAAGAAUGCGAAUUGACCGACAACGAACGAUGGGACGGGCCCACUGUCAAGAAGGAAGAACGAAUUCGAAGGUUUGACUUUUUGGAAAAGAGCACCGGUCGGAAGUUGGGAACGAUCUACCUCGACCUGCAUCCGCGUGAGGGCAAGUACGGCCACGCCGCCCAUUUUACCGUCCGUUGUGGCUGUGUUCUGAACGGACCCAGUGAUCCACCCAAGUAUCAAUACCCCAUCGUGGCUCUGGUGUGCAACUUGUCUAGCACCAACACAAACUUGUCCCAUGCCGAGGUCGAGACGCUCUUUCACGAAUUCGGACACGCCCUGCAUUCCUUGCUCAGCCGAACUAGAUUUCAGCACAUGUCCGGAACUCGUGCAGCCAUGGAUUUUGUCGAAACUCCCUCACAUUGGAUGGAAAACUACGCGUGGGAUACCGACUUUUUGAAAAUUUUGGCGGUGCAUCCGCAAACGGGCGCGUCGAUUCCCGACGAGUUGAUACGGGCCCUGCAAAAAUCACGGUACGAGUUCGCUGCGAUUGAGCGCCAAAGCCAGAUAUUAUACGCCACGUUUGAUCAAAAAUUGUUCGGGGUACCCACUACGGCCGAUACAACGGCUCUUUUUGGACAGCUCCAUCGAGAGAUUGGCGUCCCCUACACCGACGGUACGCAUUGGCAUUCGCGGUUUGGCCAUCUCGUCACGUACGGUGCGGGAUACUAUGGCUACUUGUAUGCGCAAGUGUUUGCCGGCGACAUUUGGCGACACCUGUUUCAAGGGCGAUCCAUGGAGCGAAAGUCGGGCGACGAGCUGUGGCAUAAAGUAUUGAUUCACGGAGGCGCCAAGGACCCGAGUGAUAUGUUGACUGAUUUACUCGGAAGGCCACCGCAGGUAAAUUCGUUUGGGCAAUAAAAAGACUACCACAAACUCAUGGAAAUGACCAAUAGAAUAAGAUUUUCGUGAGUGUGAA